AUGCUUUCUGCCGAUUCCAUAUCCAUGUCCGAAGACGUCCGCGACUACGUCUUCGAGAACUCGCGCCGCUAUCACAAGUACAGCGAGGGGCGCUACCACUUUCCUAACGACGAUGCCGAGCAGGAGCGUGAGGAUAUGCAGCAUGCCAUGGUCAUGCUCCUGUGCGACGGCAAGCUGCACUUUGCGCCUCUCGACGACCCUCGGUCAAUUCUCGACCUUGGCACGGGGACGGGCAUCUGGGCCAUAGACAUGGGUGAUCAGUAUCCUGCUGCAGAAAUACUAGGUGUAGAUCUCAGCCCGAUACAACCUCUAUGGGUGCCCCAGAACGUGCAAUUCCUCGUCGACAACGUAGAGGAAGAGUGGGUUCAGUCGCCAAAUUCGCUAGACUACAUCCACGCACGCCAGAUGGCGCCGUCGAUACGGGACUGGCCCCGGAUAAUCUCCGAGGCGUUCAAGGCUCUAAAACCGGGCGGAUGGCUCGAGAUCCAAGAUUUAAAAUGCGUCGCCGGGUGCGACGACGGCACGAUGCGCGAGGACGACGCCUUGGCCGACUUCGCCAAGACGCUCGCGGAGGCGCUGUGCAAGCUCGACAUCGACUGCAUCGAGUCGGUGGAGAACUACGCGCGGUGGCUGCGGGAGGCGGGCUUCAUGAACGUCAAGGAGAUCAAGCUCAAGGCGCCGCUGGGGACGUGGCCGACGGACCCGCACCAGAAGAAGGUCGGCCUGUACAACAGGAACAUGAUAUACGACGGCCUGCACGGCUUCACCAUCCGGCCUUUCACGCACGGCCUCAACUGGACGCCCGAGCAGGUCGAGGUCUACCUCAUCGACGUGCGGAAGGCGAUACUUAACUCGGAGGCCCACAUCUACCUCCCCUUCCAGUCCGUCUACGCGCAGAAACCGUUGAGAGCGCGCUCGCUCUGA